AUGGAGUUUACCAGGCAUUACCUGCCAUUGGAAUGGGAAGAGAGAUGGAGGAAAGAGAAGGAAAAGCGGAAAAGAGUGAUUGAAGAUGCUGGAGAAGAGGGAAUAGCACAGGACAACCGCGAGCUGAGGAGAAUUGUUGCCUUCAAUGACUCCAGGAUGGGCCUGAUGAGUGAGAGGGGUAAUAAAGAGGGGUCAGAGGUCAGGAUAAGUGGUCCUAGUCAGGAGGGAAUUCGGGGGCGUAUGACUGAGGAGGCAUUUGGAGAUGAAGGACUUGUACACACAUACCGCAGUGAAACGUAUCCUGAAGAGGUGUUCAAGGCUUUGAAGGAAUUCUGGGAUUCAUCUCUUCUCACGGACCUGACUCUGACCACUGACAAUGAGAUCAGCUUUCACGUACACUCCGCUAUCCUGGCUGCUGUCAGCUCCUUCAUCCGAGAGAGACUGAGGGAUGAAAGUGCCGAACGUUCAGACAAUAAUAGGGAUGUAGAACUCCAAAGGAGGUCAGUGUCUCUUGGUCCUGAGGUUGAUCAUGUUGGGCUACAGGCAGUUGUGGAGUUUGCCUACACUGGAGCUGUAUUGUCUUUGAACAAAGACAACAUGGCACUGAUUAAGGCUGCAGCUCAAGCACUGGGAGUCCCUAGAAUACUGGAUCUGUGCCACAAAGAGGAGAUGAUGAAGGAAGUUGGAAGUCCUGAGAGGGAAGCACAAAUGAUCCCUUCUCUAGAGCAGAUGAAGAUUACUCUUCAGUCCAUCAAACAUCUGUGGGUAGACAGAGUGGGGUGUGAUGUGAUUUUGGAUGUGGAUGGAGCUUCAUUCCAUGUCCACAGAGCUAUCCUGGCAGCAAGUAGCGACUAUUUCCGUGGCAUGUUUACCUGUGGGAUGAGGGAAUCCAAUCAGAUCCAAGUUGCCCUUCCCUUCCUGUUAGCUUCUGAGUUAGAGGCACUGAUUAGCUGCUCCUACAGUGGGACCCUUCCACUUAGCUGGGACUGUGUCUUUGAAAUCACCUGCAUGGCCCUCCAGCUUCAGUUUCAGCCUGCCCUCCCACUUUGCCUUGAUUUCAUGAGACAGGAAAUGGAUGCAAGCUCAUGCCUUGACGUGGCAUCUUUUGCUGAAGCCUAUGGGAUGUCAGAGCUCCUCGAGGAAGCCAAUGACUUCAUACUGAGGAACUUCUGGGAGGUGUCAGCCACGGCAAAGUUUCAUGACCUACCAGCAGAGAAGCUUCUAGACAUCCUUCGCUGCGAUGGCCUGUCUGUGCCCUCAGAGUUGGCUGUGUUCCGAGCUGUAUCCUCCUGGAUUGAAGCUGAUCCUGAAGAGAGAUUGGGUCAGGCUGGCGUAUUGAUGACCGGAGUCCGGUUCCCCCUCAUGACCUUUCGAGAGUUCAGGGAGGUCAGGGCCAUUAACCUGCGCAUGGAGUGCUUUGGAAACAAGGAGGUGGAACUCUAUGGUUCAGCACUCAAGGAAUUUGGUUUCAGUCUUCUAAAAACUCAAGAUCAGUGUCGGGUCCGGCAUCCCAAAGAUGCUCUGCUUCUGGUCGGGGGAGACCAGCUGAACCAGGAUGCGGGUCUACGCAUAGCAAGUAGGGAACUGUGGUUUGCAAACUCCCUGCGCAGUGGUGCAGGGUUGGUGAAGGAGAUCGAGUGGAGGAGGUUGGGUGAGAUCCCAGACCAGCCAAAGUUCAGGCAUGGAGUAGCAGCAAUGGUGGGAAGGUUGUAUGCGGUUGGAGGAUGUUAUUUCUACUCCAAGAAUGACAUGAUGAAAUCUGCCUACAGUUAUGACCCUGUGCAGAACAGCUGGAGGAGGCUGGCUGACAUGCAGGAGUUUAGAAGUAACUUCUCAGUGGUGGUGUAUGAAGAGCGUCUUUAUGCCAUUGGUGGAGAUAAGGAGAUAAACGCCAAUGUUGACAGCGUGGAAAUGUAUAACCCAGGCACUGACUCCUGGAGCUUUGUCCAGCCCCUGGACCAGGCUUUGAGUGGCCAUGCUGUCACUGUCAUAGGUGGUGGAAUCUUCAUCUCUGGUGGUUUCAACUCAAAGUAUGAGUGUCUGGUUUCCAUGUUCCUUUACCACCCAGAGAGAGGAACCACCUACCUGGCGGACAUGGCCCAUGACCGAGCCCAGCAUUGCAUGGAGCCCCUGCGAGGCCAUCUUUACGUCGCCGGUGGUGUGUGUAACCUGAGGAAGUUUUAUACCGACCAACUAGCCUGUGAGGUGUAUGAUCCCGUGGCUGACUCCUGGACUGCUUUUGCAUCACUGUCUGUACCACAUGUGGGUGCAGCCUCAGCUGUCCUAGAGGAGAAGAUUUAUGUGCUGGGAGGAUACUGCCAGGACGAUUACAGUGAGUCUGGUCUAGUCCACCGGUUCAAUCCCAGCACACAGCGAUGGGAGAACAUGGGCAAACUGCCAGGGGCUGUGACUGACAUACGUGCCUGUCUGCUGCGAUUGCCCCAACACUUCAGACUUCAAGAACAGGCUGGUCAAGAUGAUGAUUUAUAG